CAGAACAGAAGUUAGUCGUCCUGGUUGGGACGCGCGCUACCCUCUGCGCAUGUGCUACGCAACUGUUUGGUGUCAGUGGUGAAAAUUUCAGGAUCUCGCCAACUGUUGGGAAUUCCUUAAGUGAAACUACACAUCGGGAGCUCGUUAUUAACAAAAGCAGGAUACUCGUCGCAAUGAGCUGCCAAGGCGAUUGCUCCGAAUUGGGGCCACCGCCCGAUAUGAUACUAUCAAUGCCUCCGCCACCAUUGUCAUCGUUUUUGCUGCCUCGGAAUGCAUUGGCUCCUCGGCCACCCAACAGCUCAUUGUCCUGCAUCGCAGCGUUUAUGUGCGAGCCGUCCUUCAAACCUAACGAGCAAUCCGGGAUGGAUUUCAUCGAGCUGUCAGGGAAUGGUAUGGAUGAUACAUGGGUAUUUGUACUGGUUUCAUCCUGUGUUGGUGUGCUGCUGUUAGGUGCUCUCCUGGCAAUGAUACUAAUUAAAUGCAGAGAGUAUGAGCUAUUUGCUUUAGAGCAAAAAGGACAAAUUACUUACACUUCCUGUGCUUACAGCGCUUACAAUUACUCGUAUCACGAUAGUAAUUUGAAGCACCCACCACUAGCCUCACUAAACGAGCCCCAUCUCGGUACCACCAAGUCUGGAUUUAUGCCAGGCACUAUCCUGUAUCCGACCAAUCAGCAAAUUGUAACCGACAAUCGUACCCUUUGGGCAACGCUAACCCCCCACGGAACGACACAACAUUUUAUAUCGGACUCAUACUGUAACCCCGAAGACCACUACGAAGUAAUCGACUAUGGUCGCAAACAUGAACAAUACAUUCCGUCUACACAAAACACUAUCGUCAAAAACAAGAAUUCCUUCGAGAACUCCGGCUUCGUAGAUUACGACUACGAAGAUCCGACACCACUAAUGGAAUCGUACAAUAAUUUUGAUGAUAUGGACUCUGGCUACCAAGAGCCACAGGAAGUAAUUGGGUCACUCAAUCGGAACCGCUCAAUUGUAUCGUCGCCAACCAGGAUUGAGAAUCCUAAUCUGGCUCCACUUAAUCUCUAUCCGACGCAUCGCAGCAAUAGCACGCUAAGCAAGAAAAAUACCACGCUCAGUAGACGCAUCAGUGAUAUCAAGAAUUAAAAUGCAAACGUGAUUUGUGAGGAAGCAGAAAAAAAAUCAAUAACAUAGCACUCAAGCUUUUCCUUUUGAUAAGGUGAUAAUCAACUGAAAUUCCUACAAGUUAGUAUCUUUAAUCCAGCCAGAUGAAAAUCAGAGCAAAGGCUUCAUCAAAGAAGCCAGUAUUUUUUCGCGCUGCAGGUUAUUUUUCGUAAUUUUUUUAACACUACUUAUAUACGAAAGAAUAGAGGAUAUGCUGCUUGAAUUUUACUUGUAACUUCAGGCGGUGCGGCAGAUAUUAGAACUUGCUUAUGCAUUCGAUUACUAUUGUUUGCACACAUAAACCGUAUGGAUGUCUAUGCAGUAGGGAAUAAAUAAAACAAAUACACUAACGGAGGAGCCGUUUUAAAUCUGUAUCGAGAACAGGACGUUAGCAGAGUGGAACUAAGUCGUCAAGCGAAAUGUGUAGCAAUUAGAACAUUCAUACCGUACGUAACUCAUACCAAUCAACGCAAUAAUCUAAAUAACUAACAAGGUUAAGAUUCCUAUAAUAACACAGAAAAUCACGAGUGAAAAUAGCUCAUCGAAGCAAACACAUUGAAUUGUCAUUUAUUCGUACCUUCUUGAUAUGAAUAACGCUGAAAACAAUAAAACUGGUUUGGUGUGUAUUUUUAAAUUCCAAAAAUUACCGGA